UUCUUGAUUGCACCUAAUUAAAUUCGGAAGUCAAAGGAUCUCGAUCGCAUGUCACUUAAUUAACAUAUGUACCUGCUGCCCGUCUCUUCAUUUGUAUGUAAGAGCAACCAAUUGGUGGGUGGAUCUAGACUGUUCUUGUUCUUGUUGCUCCUGUCUUCUACUUGGACGUCGUCCAAGUUUUCAAGAUCCGGGGAAAAAAAAGCCCCGCUGCAGCUCUUCUUCUUCUUCUUCUUCUUCUUCUUCUUCUUCUUCUUCUUCUUCUUCUUCUUCUUCUUCUUCUUCUUCUUCUUCUUCUUCUACUCCAGUCGAGUUGAUGUUGUGUGAUCGAUUGGAACGGUAAGAGGAAUAAAUGCAAAAGUGGAUGUCAAGGUUCUAACUGGACUAGGGGACUAGGAGUUCAGAUGGUCCGGCCAUGCCUGGCCCUCCCGGACGGGAGGUUCUACGCCUUCCAGCUAGGCUUCUCCGUCUUGAAGCCUGAUGAUAUCCAUCCCGGCAGCCCUGAUGAAUCGUACCGUGGCGCCACCAGCGACAAACUUCUCUUUCUCACCGACUGCUACGGCCUGUACAGCCUGGUGAAUCCGUUCACCGGGAGUGAGAGGCUGCUCCCCAUCCCGUCUGGCUUCCGCCUCCACGAGGAGGAGAUCGAUGAAGAGGAAGGCUAUGGGAGCGAGGAGAUGCCCGUGCGGAAGAUGGUGGUCUGCUCGGAAGGGGGCCUCGUGGCGGCCAUCGUCGGCCACGAGCGUUCCUCUAGGGCCGCACUCUGUAAGCCGGAGGCGGCAUGGUCUUGGUCGCUCAGUGCGCUUGAUCCAUGGUGUUGUUACACUGACAUGGCCUUCUUCGAUGGGAAGCUCUAUGCGCUCACUGGCGACGAGGACCUUCUCGCAUUGGAGGUGAGCUACGACAGCAAGAGCGGCGAGCCUAGGAUCUCUGCCAUCGAGCGCAUCAUUGACGGUGGCGCGAACUGUUACACCUUGAAGGAGUACACGCGAAUGCGCUACCUCGUUGUCAGACCAAAAGAUGGCAGCAUGCUCAUGGUCUGCAAGGUAAUGCUAGAGUAUGGCACCACUACAUACGAGUUAUUGGUGUUCCAGGCGGACCUCCGGUCGUCACGGUGGGUCCAGAUGGACAGCCUAGGUGGUGACGAGGUACUCUUCGUCGGCAGGCUAUGCUCCAGGGCCGUGCGCGCUGAUCGGCAUGAUGUGCGCGGUGACCAAAUCUUCUUCCUAGAUGAUUCCACUAGACCGGAAGGCCUGGGACUACCUUUGGGUGACGGCUUGGCCAACAUUUAUGAUAUGAAGGACGGGAGCCUUAGCGAGCUGCUGCCGAUGCAAACCCACAGGGACGGAGAGGUGCCGGCGACGUGGCUCUUCCGUGAGGACGAAGACGGUGAUGCAGAGGGCUGAGCCAAUAUGAUUGCCAUGAGAGCAUGAACUUUGUAUUUUUGGUUAACAAGUUUUUUUCUCGUAAGUGCACCGACCAGGUACUUUUGCACAAAAAUAUCUGCUAGUGUGUUCGAACAAAUUUGAGCCGUCUUGUCUAUAUGUCGAGAUCACACUAAAUUUUGGCAUAAGUUGGAGAAUCUAAACUAAUGGUUUGCACA